CCUGCGCUCCUCAGGGAAGCGAAGGUGCGGCUCACUCGCAGGCGCACCGCUCGUUUGCGCUCAGUGCGCGCGCGCCUCUCGGCCACAUACACUAGCCGGGACCAUGGAUGCGAGCCUCUAUCAGAUCAUAUUCGGGGAGCUGGCGGACUUAAAUUGCACUUUGCUGGACGCCUUUCAAGACACUUUAUGGGGAAACGAGUCACUUUCAUAUUUGAACACCGACGGUUUCUACUGUAACGCCACCACCGAUGAGAUUGGCACCUGCUGGCCACGGAGCAGCAUCGGGAGGAUUGUGGAGAGACCCUGCCCUGAGUACAUUAAUGGAGUCAAGUACAACAGCAACAGGAGUGCAUACAGGGAAUGCACCGAAAACGGCACAUGGGCACUAAAAAGCAAUUAUUCAAACUGCGUGCCCAUGUUAGAGGAAAAGAGAAUGUAUCCAGUGCAUUACAAGAUAGCGCUGAUCAUCAACUACCUGGGCCACUGCAUCUCUGUGGGGGCGCUAUUAGUAGCCUUCAUCCUCUUCCUGUGCUUAAGGAGCAUUCGGUGUUUGCGCAACAUCAUACACUGGAACUUAAUUACCACCUUCAUCCUGAGAAAUGUCAUGUGGUUCCUGCUGCAGCUCAUUGACCACAACAUCCACGAGAGCAACGAGCCUUGGUGCCGCCUGAUGACCACCAUAUACAACUACUUUGUGGUCACCAACUUCUUCUGGAUGUUCGUGGAGGGCUGCUACCUGCACACGGCCAUCGUGAUGACCUACUCCACCGAUAAGCUUCGCAAGUGGGUCUUCCUCUGCAUUGGCUGGUGUAUACCGUGUCCCAUCAUAAUAGCCUGGAGCAUUGGGAAGCUGUAUUAUGAAAAUGAAAAAUGCUGGUUCGGGAAGGACCCUGGCAAAUACAUCGACUAUAUUUACCAAGGGCCUGUCAUUCUUGUGUUACUGAUAAACUUUGUUUUCCUCUUUAAUAUCGUCCGAAUCCUGAUGACCAAACUGAGGGCAUCGACGACCUCAGAAACCAUCCAGUACAGAAAGGCGGUGAAGGCCACGUUGGUUUUGCUUCCUCUGCUGGGCAUCACCUACAUGCUCUUCUUCGUCAACCCGGGCGGGGACGACAUCUCACAAAUCGUCUUUGUCUAUUUCAACUCCUUCCUGCAGUCGUUCCAGGGUUUCUUUGUGUCUGUCUUCUACUGCUUCCUUAACGGGGAGGUUCGCUCUGCAGUGAGGAAACGCUGGCACCGCUGGCAAGACAAUCACGCCCUGCGGGUGCGAGUGGCGCGGGCCAUGUCCAUCCCCACGUCCCCGACGCGGGUCAGCUUCCACAGCAUUAAGCAGACCACCGCUGUGUGAACACUCGCACACACACGUUCGCGCACACUCUCGCUAAAGCGCGAGAUGGGGACCAACAGCCGCACAUUGACACACUCAUGUGGUCAUUGGCUGUAAUGGCAAACUGCUAUCCAAAAGUUAUUAUGUGAAGAGCUGGGACCGCUGACCAGGGUUUCCGGGUCUUGGCCGACGUGAAGCACGUCGUAGUGUGAAGCACGUGGUAGUUGUGGUCAUUAAUUCAUUUACUGCCAGCCGUUUUCAAAGCAGACUUCCCCGCGUUGCCAGCCAUUUUGGAGCAUUUUGACUGAUCUUUCAUGACUCGCGUGAUCCUGUGUUCUGUGAUAAUAUACAGGAACCAGACCCACCAGAAGAAAGAGUACCAGUAGACUCUCUUCUUUCAGUUGAGAAAAAGUUUGUGUCUGGCUUUUUAAGUUCUUUAGUAUUCAGCGGUAGAACAUGGGUCGGUUUCACCAAGCACAUACUGUAACAUGAAACGAAACAUGUCAAAGUGAAUGGUGACGUUGAUGCUACUAAUUUUGUCUUAUGUGACACCAAGAAAUUACAAAAUAAACCAAACAAAACUGUGAAAGGGCUUUUGAUUGAAAAA